AUGGCUUCUUCAGAGGGUAAGAAGCAGAUUCUGCUAAAUGCAUUUGAUAUGUCAACCAUUGGCCAUCUCUCACCGGGCCAAUGGAAAAAUCCCGCUGAUAAGUCAGCUACGAAACGCAACCUUGACUAUUGGCUAGAGUUAGCAAAAUUGCUAGACAGAGGAGGGUUCAAUGCCUUGUUCCUCGCAGAUACGUACGGAGGCUACGACACCUAUGAGGGAAGCCUUGACAAUUGUAUCAGAAGAGCCGCACAAUGGCCCGUGACGGAUCCGACUAUACCCAUCGCGGCAAUGGCUGCCGUAACGAAAAAUCUCUCUUUCGCCAUUACUGCUUCAACCUCGUUUGAGCCCCCUUUUCUAUUAGCAAAACGGUUUUCCACGUUAGAUCACUUCACCGGGGGACGAUUUGGUUGGAAUAUCGUCACUUCUUGGAAAAAGGCGGCCUUUAAAGCCAUUGGCCUUGAUACCCCUAUCGAUCAUGACGAGCGAUAUCUUCAGGCCGACGAAUAUUUGAAAGUACUCUACAAGCUCUGGGAGGGAUCGUGGGCAGACGAUGCAAUCUCCCCUGAUCCAGAAAAUGACACCUACGCGGAUCCGGAUAAGAUUCGCACGAUUAAUCACAAAGGGAAGUACUUCACUCUGAACACAAAGCACAUUGUCGACCCGUCUCCGCAGAGAACCCCGUUUCUAUUCCAAGCCGGGACCUCUGCCGCCGGCUCUGAAUUCGCAGCGACGCACGCGGAAGCCAUCUUCGUCUCCUCCCACUCUGCGUCCGUCCUCCGGCCCAAGAUCGCCAAGAUCAGGGAGCUAGCUGCUUCUAAAGGCCGGGACCCGCGCUCGCUCAAGUUCUUCGCGACUUACACCCCCGUCGUCGCGCCCACCGACGAGGAGGCGCACGCGAAAUACGAAGAGCUGCUGAAAUACGGCUCGGUCGUCGGCGGCCUCGUUCUGGUCAGCGGCUGGACCGGAAUCGAUCUAUCCAAGAUCCCUCUGGACCAAGAGAUCACCGCAGCAGACUCGCUGGAGGCUCAUAAGGUGCGCAGUAUCUUAGACGCGUUCACGACUACGAGCAGAGACAUCCCCAAGUGGACGCCCCGCGUCAUCGCCCAGAAAGCGUCGAUAGGUGGUCUCGGCCCCGUAGGUAUUGGAUCCCCUCAAACCGUAGCGGACGACCUGGAGCGCUGGAUAGAAGAAGGGGACUUGGAUGGGUUCAAUAUCGGUUACGUGACCACUCCUGGGUCGUUUGAGGACGUGGUCGAUCUUUUGAUUCCAGAGCUAAGGCGACGUGGGAUUUAUCCCGAUCCCCUGCCCGAAGGAGAGACUCUAACUGCUCGGGAGAGGGUAUACGGGAAGGGUCAAAAGGGGCUUAGGGAUGACCAUGUCGGGUCUAAGUAUAAGUACGAGAGAUACCAGGAAGAGCCACCAUACCAGGAGACGGAGCCGGCUAAGGAAUGA